AUGGAAUGUCUCGGUAUAAAACCCGAUUGUAUGCUCCAUCUACUGAGAUAGGGAAAAACCGCCUUAGGGCUGGAGGUGGGACCUGCGGGCAGCAAUACUGCUUUGUAAAGCAUUGAGAUGUUUAUGUGUAUGCAUAUCUAAAAGCACAGCACUUAAUCCUUUACAUUGUCUAUGAUGCAAAGACCUUUGUUCACGUGUUUGUCUGCUGACCCUCUCCCCACUAUUGUCUUGUGACCCUGACACAACCCCCUUUUCUUUAAGCACCCAGGAAUGAUCAAUAAAUACUAAGGGAACUCAGAGGCUGGCGGGAUCCUCCAUAUGCUGAACGCUGGUCCCCCGGGUCCCCUUAUUUCUUUCUCUAUACUUUGUCUCUGUGUCUUUUUCUUUCCUAAGUCUCUCGUUCCACCUUACGAGAAAGACCCACAGGUGUGUAGGGGCAACCCACCCCUACAUCUGGUGCCCAACGUGGAGGCUUUUCUCUAGGGUGAAGGUACGCUCGAGCGUGGUCAUUGAGGACAAGUCAACGAGAGAUCCCGAGUACAUCUACAGUCAGCCGUACGACAUUUGAAGUUCUACAAUGAACCCAUCGGAGAUGCAAAGAAAAGCACCUCCGCGGAGACGGAGACACCGCAAUCGAGCACCGUUGACUCACAAGAUGAACAAAAUGGUAACGUCAGAAGAACAGAUGAAUUUGCCAUCCACCAAGAAGGCAGAGCCGCCGACUUGGGCACAACUAAAGAAGCUGACGCAGUUAGCUACAAAAUAUCUAGAGAACACAAAGGUGACACAAACCCCAGAGAGUAUGCUGCUUGCAGCCUUGAUGAUUGUAUCAACGGUGGUAAGUCUCCCUAUGCCUGCAGGAGCAGCUGCAGCUAAUUAUACCUACUGGGCCUAUGUGCCUUUCCCGCCCUUAAUUCGGGCAGUCACAUGGAUGAAUAAUCCUAUAGAAGUAUAUGUUAAUGAUAGUGUAUGGGUACCUGGCCCCACAGAUGAUCGCUGCCCUGCCAAACCUGAGGAAGAAGGGAUGAUGAUAAAUAUUUCCAUUGGGUAUCGUUAUCCUCCUAUUUGCCUAGGGAGAGCACCAGGAUGUUUAAUGCCUGCAGUCCAAACUUGGUUGGUAGAAGUACCUACUGUCAGUCCCAUCAGUAGAUUCACUUAUCACAUGGUAAGCGGGAUGUCACUCAGGCCACGGGUAAAUUAUUUACAAGACUUUUCUUAUCAAAGAUCAUUAAAAUUUAGACCUAAAGGGAAACCUUGCCCCAAGGAAAUUCCCAAAGAAUCAAAAAAUACAGAAGUUUUAGUUUGGGAAGAAUGUGUGGCCAAUAGUGCGGUGAUAUUACAAAACAAUGAAUUCGGAACUAUUAUAGAUUGGGCACCUCGAGGUCAAUUCUACCACAAUUGCUCAGGACAAACUCAGUCGUGCCCAAGUACACAAGUGAGUCCAGCUGUUGAUAGUGACUUAACAGAAAGUUUAGACAAACAUAAGUAUAAAAAAUUACAGUCCUUCUACCCUUGGGAAUGGGGAGAAAAAGGAAUCUCUACCCCAAGACCAAAAAUAAUAAGUCCUGUUUCUGGUCCUGAACAUCCAGAAUUAUGGAGGCUUACUGUGGCCUCACACCACAUUAGAAUUUGGUCUGGAAAUCAAACUUUAGAAACAAGAGAUCGUAAGCCAUUUUAUACUAUCGACCUAAAUUCCAGUCUAACAGUUCCUUUACAAAGUUGCGUAAAGCCCCCUUAUAUGCUAGUUGUAGGAAAUAUAGUUAUUAAACCAGACUCCCAGACUAUAACCUGUGAAAAUUGUAGAUUGUUUACUUGCAUUGAUUCAACUUUUAAUUGGCAACACCGUAUUCUGCUGGUGAGAGCAAGAGAGGGCGUGUGGAUCCCUGUGUCCAUGGACCGACCGUGGGAGGCCUCGCCAUCCGUCCAUAUUUUGACUGAAGUGUUAAAAGGUGUUUUAAAUAGAUCCAAAAGAUUCAUUUUUACUUUAAUUGCAGUGAUUAUGGGAUUAAUUGCAGUCACAGCUACGGCUGCUGUAGCAGGAGUUGCAUUGCACUCUUCUGUUCAGUCGGUAAACUUUGUUAAUGAUUGGCAAAAAAAUUCUACAAGAUUGUGGAAUUCGCAAUCUAGUAUUGAUCAAAAAUUGGCAAAUCAAAUUAAUGAUCUUAGACAAACUGUCAUUUGGAUGGGAGACAGACUCAUGAGCUUAGAACAUCGUUUCCAGUUACAGUGUGACUGGAAUACGUCAGACUUUUGCAUUACACCCCAAAUUUAUAAUGAGUCUGAGCAUCACUGGGACAUGGUUAGACGCCAUCUACAGGGAAGAGAAGAUAAUCUCACUUUAGACAUUUCCAAAUUAAAAGAACAAAUUUUUGAAGCAUCAAAAGCCCAUUUAAAUCUGGUGCCAGGAACUGAGGCAAUUGCAGGAGUUGCUGAUGGCCUCGCAAAUCUUAACCCUGUCACUUGGGUUAAGACCAUCGGAAGUACGACGAUUAUAAAUCUCAUAUUAAUCCUUGUGUGCCUGUUUUGUCUGUUGUUAGUCUGCAGGUGUACCCAACAGCUCCGAAGAGACAGCGACCAUCGAGAACGGGCCAUGAUGACGAUGGCGGUCUUGUCGAAAAGAAAAGGGGGAAAUGUGGGGAAAAGCAAGAGAGAUCAGAUUGUUGCUGUGUCUGUAUAGAAAGAAGUAGACAUAGGAGACUCCAUUUUGUUCUGUACUAAGAAAAAUUCCUCUGCCUUGAGAUUCUGUUAAUCUAUAACCUUACCCCCAACCCCCUGCUCUCUGAAACAUGUGCUGUGUCAACUCAGAGUUAAAUGGAUUAAGGGCGGUGCAAGAUGUGCUUUGUUAAACAGAUGCUUGAAGGCAGCAUGCUCCUUAAGAGUCAUCACCACUCCCUAAUCUCAAGUACCCAGGGACACAAAAACUGCGGAAGGCCGCAGGGACCUCUGCCUAGGAAAGCCAGGUAUUGUCCAAGGUUUCUCCCCAUGUGAUAGUCUGAAAUAUGGCCUCGUGGGAAGGGAAAGACCUGACCGUCCCCCAGCCCGACACCCGUAAAGGGUCUGUGCUGAGGAGGAUUAGUAUAAGAGGAAGGCAUGCCUCUUGCAGUUGAGACAAGAGGAAGGCAUCUGUCUCCUGCCUGUCCCUGGGCAAUGGAAUGUCUCGGUAUAAAACCCGAUUGUAUGCUCCAUCUACUGAGAUAGGGAAAAACCGCCUUAGGGCUGGAGGUGGGACCUGCGGGCAGCAAUACUGCUUUGUAAAGCAUUGAGAUGUUUAUGUGUAUGCAUAUCUAAAAGCACAGCACUUAAUCCUUUACAUUGUCUAUGAUGCAAAGACCUUUGUUCACGUGUUUGUCUGCUGACCCUCUCCCCACUAUUGUCUUGUGACCCUGACACAACCCCCUUUUCUUUAAGCACCCAGGAAUGAUCAAUAAAUACUAAGGGAACUCA